AUGUCUCCAUCAAUACAUUCACCCCCAUCCCCAUUCUCUUCGCCUGACACUUCGUCUCCAGCUAUCUAUUCACCCUUGCUCCGCUCUGCCAAUGUAACUAUUCCGACAAAGCCCACACGUCGGCCCCCGCCAUCUCCUUACUCCGAUACUCCUUCCAUGGAUACCAUCGAUACCUCUCGCCAAAUCCGGGGCAGCAUUGACAGUCCUAUGCAACUUUCAUAUCCACCCAAUACACCUCUUGAGUGUGGUGGCCACCCCGACUUGAAUUCGCCUCCUCUGAUGAGACCACCAAAACCAGUUCGCUACAACAGAAAGGCUCCCGAGACAAGGAACUCGGAGGAUCUUUCUCUGGACGAUGAUUCUUCGGACGAUGAAGUGGAAGUGGAAGAGGAGGAAGAGGAGGAAGAGGAGGACCAGGAUGUGCAGCAAGCCUCGCCAACUCACUCGCCUCCCAGUAUACACUCGAGCUGUCCCAGCUCACAAAGCACAAGGUCGCUGUCGCACACCCAGUAUUCACUCUUGAGGCAGAAUAGCAACGGUCUCGUCGCGGUCAUCCCGGAAGGCUGCGUGGAUCCUUCUAAUCUUGUGGAGGCGGAGCGCAUCAACGGCGACCAAGAGGACGAGCUCGACCAAAAGACAUACAGCCCAUCAGAUCACCUGCCGACGAUCCCGAUUUCACCUCUCAAAACAACCCAUCGGUCUCUGCUGGAGAAGGAAAAGUCCUGGACGUCCAUGCUCGCAGACACGAAAUACAGGAUUCAGGAGUUGUACGCUCAGUAUCCACUCCAGGACGACACGAGUGAGGCUGCUGAGCAGAAGCGGUGCAAAGACGAUCGGGAAAUUAUGACACUUGAAGAUGAUGCGUGCAAAUAUACUUCUCAGAUCAGCAAUAUCAUGGCAACCAUCACCAAAGUGCGAGAGCUGCUUUACCGGUCUGCCGGGAUCACAUCGAUCCUUGAGUUCCCCCCCUAUCUGAUUGCGUAUCAAUUGACAUUGAUCGAGUCCGCCAUCUUUUUGGAGAUUCCGCCGGCGGCGCUUCUGACACACGCUCCCAAAACCCCACAUGGAAGUAUUACAGCUUCGACAGACUUUUUCAAUUAUCUCACGCGGAUGAUCGAGUACUCAGUCUUGUUCCCGGCAGAGGCUUCAGGCCGGGCGCAGAUCAUUAAUCAUUGGGUCAAGGUUGCAGUUAAAUUGCAUGAACUGGAGAACUUCCAAACCCUCAAGGCCGUGUUGUGUGCACUUGGUACGCCACCCAUCAAGCGACUCAAGAGGACCUGGGGUUUUUUGCCUCGAAAAAGCACCAGCAAGAUUGAGAUGCUCUCUGACCUGAUGAGUGAGGACCGGAACUAUGGCAAGUACCGGGAGAUGAUGAACAGCUUGUGGGCCGGAACUCUACUACCUUCGCCCGAAGUUUCUUCUCCUGUGCUUUCGGAUUCGGUUUCUGGGAGCAGAUUCGAUAUUCUCGGAGGCUGGAGUAGUCCCGAGGUCAAGUCAAAGGAAGCCGCAAGAAGACCUGUGAUACCGUUCCUGGGGACUUUUAUUAUGGAUAUGACCUAUCUCUUGGCUGCUGUCAAGAAGAGCAACGCUACAAGUGCCGCGCCUUCACCUUCCACCAAGAUACCAGCCACUUCAAGUCUUCGGGAAAGGAAUCUGACAGUCAACACCACUUUCUGCCCUGAGGACGAUGUGCGGAUUCAGGAUUUACUCUUGACUUUAACUGCGUACCAGUCUGGACCCCGGUAUUCUCCCCAGCCACCUCGAUCAUACAUCAAAGCCUCCACAAAGACCCAGCAUCAUUUCCGCGCGCCUUCUCUCAGCUCAGCUCUGCAAAUGACGACCAAAUAUCGCAAUAAUAAUAACGCAGCAGACCGCGACCGAGAUCGACAGUUUAUUUUUGAUGAUGAGGACGACGAUUUCUUGGGAGGAACAGGUGCGGUCAGUGGAGGAAUCCGGUCGACACAGCAAUUGAUCUUGCACUACAUACUCACAAGGCCAUGGGCACCUGAGAAAAUGGUCGACGAGCUGAGCAUGAUCCGGGAGCCGAACAAGAACAACAGCAAUAACAGCAGCAAGGGCCAUGGGAUCGGUGGUGGUAGCUGGUCGAAUUCGGCGGGAUCUUUGUCGAGCUGGUCUGGUACUGGCUCAAUGUAUAGCCACUCUUCAACAAUUAGCACGGACGCACAUACUAGUAUGGCAAGUAGCGAAGGAUCGAGGCCAACUAGUAUGGAGGAUGAAUGA